GUCGUGGUUAUUCGGCGGAUUUCGCGUGACUGCGUAAAAACCUGCUGAGUAUACCUAGGUACAUACCGUAUCUGGUAUCCUAAAUCUAUCGUAUCGCGAGAUCUGCGCAAUAAUAAUAAAUUAUAAUACUGUAACAACCGCUGCGGCUGCGAAGAAAAUAUUAUCAUUUUAACCGUUACGCUUAUAUUUUCGUUGUUGUUAUUGUUCUUAUUAUUGUUAUCAUUAUAAUUAUUAUUCGUUUAAAUCGUUACGAUCGCGCGCGUAUACGUUCUCCGUCCCGCAAAGCCUUUCGAAAAACAAUUACGCGAUUAUAACAUAUAUAUAGUACUUAUCUACCGUUAAGAUGAACGACAAGUACGUCUGCUGGUUCGUAUGGACCCUGGCAUUUUCCAUCUCGCCGAACGUUUUCGUUCAUUCCGCCGACGAACCGGGCGAAUACGAGUACACAGAUCUAUGUUUUCGGGACGACCCAAAAAUAGACGUUUGCAUCCGCAAAAGAAUUAACGACGUGCUCGAGCAAUUCCAAAAAGGGAAUGACGAAUUUGGUAUGCGUGAAUUUGACCCAUUACACUUGGACACUCCGUUACACUUCGAACACACUGCCCGAUUGAUUGGUGGAAAAAUCUCGGUUAAGAACAUGAUGACUGAAGGUUUGACAACAGUGAAAUUGUUAUCGCUGAGGUCAAAACUUCAAAACCCAAAUAAAAUGGAAGUGGGAUUCACCUCGAACUUCAAAAACUUAUUAAGCUCCGGCCAAUAUCAGUUCAAAGGAUAUCUGGGACGCAUGCCCAUAAACGCCAACGGCCGAUACAACAUAACAUUCAAGAACGUCGAGGCAAGCUACGUGUUGAAGGCUAAGCUCAAAGAAAUGGAAAACAGCACGUACGUGCAGCUCGAAAGUUUUCGUUCGCAUCCGCCGAAAUUCGGAGAAAUGAAAAUCUUCGCCAGUGAUUUGGUGCCGGGAAACGCCGUGUUGAACCGAGUGGCGUUGAGGUUUCUAAACCAGUACGCGAUCCAAAUAACUGACGAACUCUAUCCGGCCGUGGGACCUGUACUCGACAACAUUCAAAUGGACAUGUGCAACAAAAUGUUGGUCAUGUAUCCCUUCGACGUUUUGCUUCCGCCCACCAGAACGCAUUGAUCGACAAAGACUGCAAAUUUGUAGGAAAACGAAUUUUUUUUUGGAUCAAAACAUAAUAUAUAUUAUACUUGUCAACACAAAUUCUGAGUUCUGUAACAAUGAAUUCAAUAUUGAAGUAUGUUAUUGAUAUUUCAUGUCGAUUUUUCGGACUUUCGAGUAUUUUUGAUUUUUUCUUAUAUUUUGUGGUAUCUUUAAACGACGUUUGUCAGCUAACAUAUUUUAGUUUGUUUUUAUUUAUUUAUUUAUUGUUUGUUGUAUUCCAUCAAAAAUAAUUUGUUUAACUUUUAAAUGUAUUAAAAUAAUGAAACUUUGUUUUUAAAUGGGUAAGCACCUAAAUAAAUUUAACUAUUUUUACUUA